GCGCUAGUGUACUACUAAUCUUUUUCUGAAAGGGGGGGUGUCCUCUCUGCCAUCAGCAUUGGACAGCAGCCGAGUGCUCCGACCUUUUCAAUCAACUUUAAAAAGCUGCUGGGAAACGCUUCUGCAAACACACGGACACGCACUCGUCGACCUGCUGCUCAUACCGGGGAAAGAUGUUCUGCAGACGGGCAUUGCUGAGAGUCGGGCCGCUGGCACGGAGGGCUUUCAAACCUACAUCCAGACAUGCUGUUCCAGUGCGACACAUGGCCUAUGGGGUUCCUGGUGGCUCCAGCAACAUGGCGUACUUUGUUUUGUGUGGAGGAGGCCUCACUGCUGCGGUCGUCUAUGCCUACAAGACAGUCAACGGUGAUAGCGAGCGCUAUGAGGACAGGCUCGCCAACAUGGGCUCCACGGCAAAGGAGGUAGCACCAGAAGUGGCAGCUCCUGCACCUGAACCCGCCCCGGUGGAUGACGCAGCAGCGACCGCAGAAGUCGCUGAAGAGGUGGUCGUCGAGGAGGCAGCUGCCGAGGCUGUCCCUGAUUCUGCAGAACCAGUAGCGGAGACCGCCGCCGAACUGGUCGUUGAGGCCGCGCCUGAAGAAGCAGCCGCGGCCUCGGAGGUGGUGGUUGCUGAGGCUGCAGCUGAGCCAGCAGUCCCAGAAGAAGCUGCUCCACCUGUAGAAGCAGUUCCUGAAGCUGUGGAAGUGGCUGCCACAGAGGAGACCCCAGCAGCAGAGGUCCCUGCAGCCGAAGCUCCUGCAGCAGAGAGCACUGAGUAUAUGCCCAAUCUGCUCACAGCUGCUGUGAAGAUCUUGGCCGGCUCCCCAGUGGAGAUUGCAGCAGCUUCUGUUGGUGACAAGAGUCUAGUGAAAGCAGGCCGGGAAAUAGAGGGCGAUGGAAGAAGUUUGGUAGAGCCACAAGUCCUGGAAGCAACCGCAGAGGUGGUAGCAAAAGAAGCGGCCGAAGAGGCGGCGGUUGUAGUGACAGAGGAGGAGCUGAAGUCUGCAGAAGCUGGUGCUGAUGCAGAAGCUCCAGCUGCUGAACAGCUGGUUAAAGAGGAGACAUCUGCUCCUGUAGCAGCAGAGGAGACGGAGGCUGCAUCUCAGUCUGAGGAACCUACAACUUCAGCCCCGACAGUGGAGAAGCUGGGUGAGGAUGAGUGUGAAGAUCAGGCUGCGGUCCCUGGCGCUGCUCCAGAGGAGGCUGUCUCCUCCACAGAGGCCUCACCUGAAGAUGCUGCUCCCACUGAGGAAGCCACACCAGCUGAGGAGGCCACCACCGCCGCUGCUGCUGCUCCAGUGGAUGAGACAUCAGCAGGUGAGAGGUCACCUGCAGCUGAGACAUCAGUGGAGGAGGCAGCAGCUGAAGCGUCCGCAGACGAGACACACAGUGAAGCUGCGGCUGUUGUGGACAUGACUCAGCUGGCUGCAGCCUCCUCUGGGUCGGACCUGGAGGUCCUUUCAGCUGCUGACGCAGAAUCUACGUCAGAGGCUCCAGCACAUGAGGCCAAGCACUGCCACGCCUGCCACUCUGCUCCAUCAGCAGUGGAGGAGGGGGCGCCACCUGCUGCUUUGGCCAUUGAGGAAGCUGUGGAUGUAACACAUGAGGUCCAGGAGGCAGUGUCACUGGUGGAAGAACAAAAGCCAAAGGUGUCUAUCUGGAGUGUAAAAAGCUGCUCAGUGAUGUAAUAGUACAGUUAAGAAGCCACAGAGACCAUGGUGGUGGUGACAAGCCAGUUAUGACAUGACAGACAGUGUGCCUUCCACAACACUCUCGUAUCUGUCAACCAAGCCAGGACGGCUGCUGAAAACAACACGAGGACAACUAGCCACUGGUUUAACUAGCUAUAAUGUGUCCUUUUUGAAAUGUUACCAGUUUUUUUUUUUUUUUAUGUUUCCGAUCUGUUUCCGAUCAAUCUUUAUUAGCAUUUGUGAAAUGAUUCCCAUUCUGUCACCUUGUCCUCUAGGUGCCACUGUUGCAAAGCUUUUCAUGACCAGCUGAUUGGAACACAACGUUUCUUUGGAGUUAUCUUUGUUGUAGUAGGCAGUGAAAGGAGUUUGCUGUUCAUGUAAUGUGAUAAACUGAUUUUCAUAUAUCUGCUUUUUAAAGGUGAUAUCAAUAGUAUAUCCAUAUUUUAAUGCAUAUCUAGUAUCCAUUUUGUAGUGUUGUUGUUAAUGUUUUACCUCCUACAACAAGAUCAAUUAUAUUCAAGUUCCAACUAGUAUAAAUUCAUUUUGAACCCUCACUUAGUCGAUUAUAUUCAACAGUCACAUUCCUCCAAUUAUCUAUGAGUUGUAGAAAUAGUUGUCGGUGCACUGCAUGAAUGAUCAUAUAUUAACUAUAUAUCAUAACAACAUAUUAACAAGUUAGUAUACCAAUGUUUAUUUAGUUAAUAACGAUGUCCCUGUUGUCAUGAUAAUGUGCUUACAUAGUCACUUUAAAUAAAGUGAUGUGUUAACAAUUGAA